UUGGAUUUACGAGAAAUGGCAGAGGCUUUUGAAGUAGCCGAACUCGCUGAAGAAUUCGAUGAACAAAUUCAAACGGAACCAAAGGAGCCCUAUAUGAAAUACAGGCUCCUGGAAGAUGGAGUGACUGUUUUAACAUCCACAGACAGUAUCACAUGUCUAUCAGCACACGAGAAAUUUAUUGCAGUUGGCACCGAACUUGGUCGUGUACAUAUUAUGGAUCAUCAUGGCUUUCCGACGGAAAAUGGUGUCUACAGUAUGCAUACCAGUUCAGUCAAUCAUAUCAGCAUCGCAUCUGGCGGUGAUUUUAUGACCAGUUGUGGAGAUGACGGCAAGGUAAUCGUUUACAAUCUAUCAGAUACAAACGAAAAUCAAAUCUUUCGCUUGGAUCAUGAAAUCAAGUCGGUUGCGAUCUCUCCGGAUUAUGCUCAAGUACAAGCUUUGGUGUUUGGUCACUCAAAGCCGGACUCAGACGACAUUGCACGGGAAGAUUCUGCUCCUUGUACACUUCACUUUUUUUCCUCACAGCUAAAUCUGAUCUCUCGUGGCACAUUUAAACGAAGCAAAACUGGAGAACUGGCCACUGCAGAGGGCCUCGUUCGCACCAUCAAGUGGAGAGGGGAUUUCAUUGUAUGGGCGGACGAUAUGCGCGUCUGCGUUUACGAUGUUCGAGAUCAUCAACAUAUUGCCUAUAUUCAGUUUGGGGACCAAGCUGUGGCCCUGUACAAACGAAUGAUACCGUGUCAUCUUACUUGGUGCACGGAUACUUGCUUCCUUGUCGGCCGGGGCCACUGUCUUCGUAUCUGUCAGAUUUUUGAGCGAUACCAAGCAACGGAACGUCGUCAGUCUUCAAAGCAGUCUGUAGGUCGUACUUCUUCUGUACACAUUCCUACUGGUUCGGAUAGUCCAACUGGUUUAGCCAGUCGUUACGUUGAGCUCUCCUACCAGGUUGAUUUGGCGGACUGCUUGGUUUGUGGUGUGUCAAGGCAUCAAACUAAUUUGCUGGCUUUGACAGUACCACGGUUUUCCACGACGGUCGAAUCCAGUGAAAUUCCGGUGGAGUUGCAAGUGAUUGAGGUGGACGAUGUCGAUAUGAAUCAGUCUGGUCCGCACACCUACCGCAUCAAUCGGGAGCAACAGACAUGGAUGGUACAGCGAAGGUUGCAUGGGUUUUCUAGCAUAUUUUUGGAAACUGUUCCUGGUGAAAAUACGCAUUAUAUCGUCACACCAAAAGAAUUAAUUUGUGGGGAAGAACUGACCACUGAUGAUAAAAUUGACUGGCUGCUUUCUCGUGGUCAUUUUCCAAGAGCGCUGGAGCUUGCACGCACACAUCCACGACAACUUGCAAAGCAUACAAUGCAGUCCGUCGGACUCUUGUAUGUGAACUACUUGAUUGAAACGGAACAGUUUGACUUGGCUGCCGCGAUUUGUGCUCAGAUCCUCUCCGAUCGCUCAUCGUGGGAGGAGCAAACAUACGUGUUUAUGCGGUUGGGGCAUUUGGCCUCACUUGUACCCUUCCUACCUACGGGUGAACACACGGAGUUCGGGCAGAUCAAACUAAGUUCCGGACUCUACGAAACCGUGUUGACCGAGUUUAUGGAUCGUGAUCCCGCUCAUUUUCUUUCCCUUUUGUGCCGCUGGAAAGAUUUAGAUCUUCUAGACUCUUUUGACGGUUUGCUACGUACAUUAGUCGAUCGAAUUGAACGACGUAUAUCCUUGUCUGGUAUUAGCGAGUCCAACGUUCUUGAGCCGACUCUGAAGAACCUCUGGCAGGCAUUGGCCGUGUUGUAUGACAAAGUCGGUCUGUCCGAGAAGGCGAUAGACAUUCUUGUACAGCUACACGAUCCGAGAGUAUUUGAGAUGUUCGAAGGAAAACCGUCCGGAUCGCUGGAUCGGCGUCUCGUGGAAGUACUCAAAGAGCGCACAGAGUGCUUCAUGGAGCUGGACACUACCCGCACCCUGGCUAUUUUGCUGGACAAUAUCGCCGCGGUCCCGGUGGAUCAUGUCGUUAACCAACUGGAGGGAAACCCGGAGCUAUUGUAUCACGUACGUGGGCAAUAUCUGGACUGUGUCUAUAACCGCUACCCGAAGCAUGUGAAUCCCCACAUCAUCAGUCUCAUCCAACUGUACACCAUGUUCAACCGCGACAAAUUGCUUCCUCUUCUACGUUCGACAGACUCUUAUCCGUUAAGCGAAGCCCUGGCAAUUUGUGAGAAAGCCAAACUAGUUCAAGAGACGGUGUAUCUUCUAACUCGCGUUGGUCGACGUCACGAUGCUUUGCGUUUGAUCAUGACACAGGGUGGUAACUUGGCUCCAACCGGAGAGGAUGGGACUCCUCCGACUUUUGAAGAGCGCCAGUCUGCUGCGGCAGCGGCUGCAAUCGCCUACUGUUGUGAAGAGGAUCAUGUUCGGUCCCAGUACAGAUAUGAACACGAAACGGGUGUUCAGCAGUCAGACUUAGUCUAUGGCGUUCGGUUGGACGAUGAUCCGAACGAAACUGAACAAGAGGACCGUGAUGAAAGCAGUGGCGAAUUAUGGCAACAGGUGGUCCUGUUUGCGGUGGACAAACCCGUAUUCAUCUGCGCACUGCUGCAACACGCCAGCGCAGAUGGUCUCGAUCCACGUUUGUUACUUCGCAAAAUCUCACCGGACAUGUCCAUACCAGGGUUGCGCAAUUCCCUGAUCAAGCUUAUGCGAAAUUAUCGGAUAACAACUCAUGUGGCAUCGGAACUGCAGAAAUCGCUUGACAAUGUAGUGCCCACCAACAAAACGGCCACAAACCCAAAUAGACCACAUCGCCGUCAGUUAUCGUUGGCGAGGGUCGAUCACCGACUACGGCUCGCGGGUAUGCUCCAGAAGCCUUUGAACGUAAUCCGAUCCCUCUAUUCACAUACUUCUGGGCGGGUGAGAGUGUAUGAUGAACCCUCCGAAAGCUUCCCUACAGAAACUGGUGUGCGACAAGGAUGUCCACUCUCGCCAUUUUUGUUCAACUUCGUCAUUGAUGAAAUAAUGAGGCGAACACUGGACGGUUUUCAAAAUCCCGGUGUUCAAAUUGUUGCUGGUGAGAGCCUUAUCGAUUUGGAGUACGCAGAUGACAUCGCCCUCAUCUUUGAAGACCAAGGCGAAGCACAAACCCCGUUGAAUAAACUGACCACCAUCAUACCAUCUUUAGGCAUGCGCCUUGCACCCUGA